UGCCAGAGUCCCCGCGAUCUCCCGCGACCUCGCGACAUGCAUGCAAUACGCGGCAUCGCCCUUACUAAUCCGCACAAUCCUUCACACGCGACUAAUUAAUUUGAAAAUAUGCCAGCCUCUUCAUAAUUUAUAGAUAUUUCAAGUGAUAAUAAUGACAAGCAAUAAUAUAGUAAAGUAUGACGAGUGCAGUAGUUAAGUUUGCGAGUGAUAUCAAGAUAAUAUCGACCAUAUCAAGAACAUGGACGUUCAGAAACAGCAGUUGUGUCCUCGGCUGGUGGAUUACCUCACCAUUGUAGGAGCAAGACCUUACACUUCCGGGAAAGGGCUAGCCCCUGUUCAGGCACCGGAGUUGCUCCGUAGAUAUCCCCUCACCAACCACGAUGACUUCCCUCUACCGCUCGACAUGGUGUACUUCUGUCAACCCGAAGGAUGCGUAUCCGUGGCCCAGCGGCGGCAACUAUCCAACAUGGCCGCCCGUGAUACAACCUCCUUUGUGUUUACCCUUACGGAUAAGGAUUCAGGCAAGACACGUUACGGUAUAUGUGUGAACUUCUACCGCGCCGUGGAACGGGCCCCCGCUCCCGGACCGCGGGAGAGGGGUGUGAUACGACGCGAGUCCUGGAGGAAGUCCAUGGAGAAGAGUUCCGAUUCCGCCUUCUCCAGUGACUAUAGAAGCAGCAACGUGGCGCCCAGCGACUCGGAGCGGGAGUCGAGCGCUCGCCUGCCGCCGCCGGCCCCGCCCCCGCUCGACUCGGAGAGCGGCGGAGAACAUUCGCCGGCUCCCAGCCCCAGAGCAGCCAGGAAACGUCAGCGGAUCCGGAAUCACUCAUUAACAUCGUUAUGCCUCCUGUCACAUCAUCCAUUUUUCUCAACAUUCCGAGAGUGUCUGUUUAUCUUGAAGAAGCUGAUAGAUGCGUGCAAUGAGUCCUCUAGUCCGCGGCGCCUUGGAGCGUCCAGGCAACUGUUCAGAGAUACAGUGUGGUCGGUCCUCACCGGGCAAGCCAACGACAACACUCCCACCAUAGUGCUGCACGACGUCAAAGAGAUAGAGACGUGGAUACUGCGGCUGCUGUCAGCGCCCGUGCCGGUGCCAGGGAAGACCAGGGUGGAGCUGGAGGUAUUGUCGCCGACUGCGCAUGCGCCGCUGGUGUUCGCGCUACCCGACCACACGAGGUUCACACUCGUCGACUUUCCACUGCAUUUACCUUUGGAGUUAUUAGGAGUGGACACGUGUCUUAAAGUACUUACGCUCAUAAUGCUGGAGAACAAGGUGGUGGUGCAGUCCCGGGACUAUAACGCGCUGUCCAUGUCUGUGAUGGCGCUGGUCUCCAUGCUGUAUCCCCUGGAGUACAUGUUCCCGGCCAUACCGCUGCUGCCCAGCUGUAUGAGCUGCGCGGAGCAGUUACUACUGGCUCCCACACCGUUCCUGAUUGGCAUUCCAGCGACAUUCUUGAUCUAUAAGAAGAAUUUCAAGUUGCCAGAUGACAUAUGGCUGGUAGAUUUAGAUGCAACAAAAUUAACAUCGCCGACGGGUAACGACCAGGAGUUGCCUGCGUUGCCCGAACCCGAGAGCUCGGUGCUAAAGAGUCACCUGAAGCAGGCAAUGCAACACAUGGGGACAUCCGGAUCUGGAGCACUUAGCAGCUUAACGACAUCGACUGCUGAGCAAGCUACAGCUCCGAUACUGCCCUCGAGGAGGGACAGCGUGGGCGGAGCAACUCUUAAGGUGCAGAAUGCGUCGUUCAAGAGCCAGGGGUCGCACAGCACGCCAGAGAGCCGGCGCGUGUCUGUGGGCAGUGCGGGCCCCGCACAGAGACAUUCGUUCACGGCCGUGCAAGCUCCGCACGGCGCCGCGCUCGCACCGCACUCGCCGCAACCCUUCAACCCCCUCAUCUACGGCAACGACGUAGACUCCGUCGACGUGGCUACGAGGGUCGCUAUGGUGCGGUUCUUCAACUCACAGAAUAUUCUAGCAAACUUCAUGGAACACACGCGCACUCUUCGCCUGUACCCGCGGCCCGUGGUCGCCUUCCAGAUCAACAGCUUCCUGAGGUCGCGACCCCGGACCUCACUGUUUUUGAACCGGUUUGCAAGGACACAGGCAGUGGAGUUCUUAGCGGAAUGGUCCCUCACACCAACGAAUGUAGCAUUCCUGCGCAUCCAGACUGGAGUGCUGGACCCGAAGCAGAUCGGAGACAAGCCCAAAUGGUUCGCCGAUAGCCUGCAGCCUGUGCACUUUGCUGUGUGGGACGACGGCAGCUCACUCAACGGUGCAUUGAGGCAGCUGCAGAGACAGGACAACCAGCCCACGGAUGAAAGCGGUUCAGACUCAGAGGGCGCAGGAAGUACUAGUUCCUCAUAUUCGUCUCUAAGCGACUUUGUCUCCGAAAUAGCAUCUUCAGAUUUAUCACCAGGUGGCACUCAGCACGUGGUGGGUGAGACAUACAACGCCGUGAUACAAGUACCAAUGACGUUGUCGUCUUCUUUGGAUCCCAAAACGGUGUACAGUCCUCCGUCAUCACUGAUGUACGCGGACGAGGUCGGGGCUCGGGGCUCGGGGCGGGAGUCCACGUCCCCCUCGCAGUCGGCCUCCAGCUCCGAGCACAGCGACCUCUCUGACGACGAGGCUCCUGCGCCCACCAACGUCAAUGAUGAACCGGUUAAGAAAAGCGACACAGACAGUGGUAGCUUCGGUCGUGAGUCAGACUCAAACUCGACCACAACUCCAGCGACCGUGGUUCGAGGAGGUUCGAUCGUGACAUCACAGCGGGAGGAUUCCCACUCUACACGGGGAGGAUUCUUGUCCAGAACAAGGAGCUCCGGUGGUGGAGUGUCUCGCCAGGCGUCCCAGAGUUCCCUGCUGGAACAAUUCGCAGCUCAAGCCAAGGAGUUAGUGCGAGAAACCACGAGGCAAAGCAGUCAAGAAGGACUUCUGGCACAUAUGGAUAAGAAAGGACAAGUUGAACAAGCAGAGGAAUCGAAAAUAUUUGCUCCCUUUGAUAAGCUCACACACCACGCUAAAAAAGCAGCCGAGGAGGCGUCUAAAAGUGUUCAAGAGGCUUCUAAGUCUGCAUUAGAAGCGAGCAAAACAGCGACAGCUGUCAGUAAGAACACGCUAGAAGAUCUGACUUAUGUGGGGAAGUCUACGCUCGGGGACCUUACUAAGAGCGCGAAAGAAGCGGCUGCUAAGAAGGGCUUACUGAAGGGUGACAGUGAUGAAGGUUCUCCACCUCCCGCGGGCCGCAGAGAGUCGGGCGCGCUACAGACUACUACACUGCUCGCCACCACGCAUAGGGACUUCUUCUCAAACAUCAGUUCUGACCUUAACGGAUUAGCCGCUUCUACGUCCACCAUGUUCAGUGACUUUUUCGGAUCUAAAGGCAAGCAGGGCCCGGCCGUGAGCCCGUCGUCGUCGGCGUCGUCGGCGCCGCUGUCGGCCACGUUCGGGCCCUUCUCGCAGGGCGCGCGUGGCCUGGUGCAGCGCUCGCCGCUCAUCAGACACACGCCCCCGCCGCGUGCCGCUACCCCCGCGCACCAUGUGCAACCGCCGCGCUCGCCCAACCUCGAGAACCAGGCCUUCCUCAAUGAGGUCGUUCAGCACGUGUUGGAAGGUGAGGGUGUCGGCUGGCUGAAACUGAACCGUCUGAAGAAGCUGAUGGAAGAUGAGUCCUACAGGAACAUGGUUCUCAGCAAACUCAACCGAAAUAUUAACAGGAAGCCCACGCCCAAUGAUAAGGUUGAAGAUGUGUUCAUCAGCAAGCCAGUAUGGAAGGGCAUGUUGAAAGUGUUACAAGCGGUCGUCCAUGGACUUGAGCACACUUACUCCAACUUCGGCCUCGGCGGGAUGGCGUCUGUGUUCCAGCUAGCAGAAAUGGCCCACACCCACUACUGGAGCAAGGAGCUCGCCGCCGUCGAACAGGGGGGAAUGGGGGCAUCUGCUAUCUCUGAUUACAGGCACGAUUUGGAGACGCCCUCCACUCCUUCCUCGAGGAAGAGCUCGCAAUCAGACGCACCUGUCCUGAACUAUCAAGAAAUGGACAAUGAAGGACAGAGCACGACUGAGAUGUUCAAAGACAUGCUGAACUCUAAACGGAAUCUGCUCUUCAACCGACUGGCCUCGUUUGACGCUGAUGGCCGCUUGUUGCGAUCAGAGGAGGAGAAUGGCUCCCAGCAUGAGCAGAACGCUUCAAUUAGAUCCAAUAUGUCCGAUACCGACAUCGUUUUCUUCAAUGUGAGUCGCAGUGUUAGCAACAAGCAACGCAACGCAAGCGUAUUUUCUUCGAAGUCAUCAGCGAGCGGGUACCGUCCCACUGUCGGCGUUCCAACCACGUCGCCUAUAACAUCACCCGAUACCGCACGCACUUAUCUAUACCAAGGAUUGAUUGGCAAGGAGAGAUCAAACUUAUGGGACCAAAUGCAAUUUUGGGAGGAUGCAUUCCUAGACGCCGUAAGCCAAGAACGCGAUAUGAUUGGAAUGGACCAAGGUGCAAAUGAAAUGAUGGAAAGAUACAAAGGUUUGAGUGAAACGGAGCGAAAAAGACUCGAGCAUGAAGAGGACAGACUGCUGUCCACGUCAUUGUAUAACCUGACGGCAGCCUUAGUACUGUUUGGUGUAGAAGUGGAUAUCAUUCGUAAUAAAGUCCGCAGGCUACUGGCGAAGAGUCAUAUUGGACUGGUGUACAGUCAAGAAGUGAACCAUCUGCUAGAUGUUGUUAACACUUUGCACGGCAAUGACAUAGAGCUGAAAGCUCUAGGGUCACGUCAGGCCAGACGCGCGUCGUUCACGGUUCACGAGCGAGACGCGAGCGGCCCCUUGCGGUUCUUGGAGGUGCGGACAGACGGCCUGGUGCUCAGGACUACUCAAGGAACAAUUGUUGAGAGAUGGUGGUACGAACGUCUCGUCAACAUGACGUACAGCCCAAAAAUUCGAGUACUGUGCCUUUGGAGAAAGAAUGGUGGUCAGACUCAAUUACAUAAAUACUACACUAAAAAGUGCAAGGCGCUGUAUUACGCUAUAAAAGAAGCAAUGGAGAAAAGCGGCAGGAAGCAGGAAGCCGCAGAGCUUGGAGGAGAGUUUCCUGUUCAAGAUUGUGCCACGGGAGAGGGGGGACUCAUACAGGUAUGCAUGGAGGGCGUCGGGCUACUCUUCCACCACAGCAAGUUUUUCGUGCGGCUUGACCACAUUCGGAAGUGCUUCACUCAGAACGGCGGUGUCUUCGUUCUAGAAGAAUUCAAUCCAAAGACGAGGCAGAUCACACAGCGGAAGUACAAAUCAGUAAUGGCGGACCAGAUAUGCUACGCCGUGUUGUGCGUAUUCUCGUACUUCGCGGCGGGCCAGGAGCAGAGGAAGGCGAUAUUGGAGCAGGCUGCCAGGGUACCGCCUCCGCAGACAAGCACAGGAUCUGCCACCACGAGGGAAGCUCACGAGCCUCGAGCACCGCGGAUCGAUAAGACUGGGUCUGAGGUUCAUGUGGAGGAAGCUAAAAGUAUGGAGUUAGAACGGGAGAAACAGAAGGAAGAGAACAGAGAGAGGAACAGAGUGCGGGUACCACCGGACAGGCAGCCAAUGACAGAGGAGUCGCAUGGCGCGCAGACUGUUACAGCAGCUAAUAGAAUGCCAUUACCUGCCGCGGGCGAGGCACACAGUCGGCCCGACGUACACGAGCGAGGGGGACGGGCGCAGCGGCCGGAGAGUGGGCCUCCACGCCGCCCGCCGCCCCCCGUGUUGCCCCCGCAACAACGGCUCGCAAGGACCAUGUCGCACGCAGCGCCCACGAUACCUCCUCGGGUUGGCGUGACAGGAGCCGCUACUGGCCGUGUUCCCCCCGCGUUGCCUCCGCGACAAAUGUCUGCCGCAGCAGACCUCAACGUAACAUCACCCAAGUCAUCUCCAAUACGUCGCGCCAGUGUCGUGGCCCCGGGUGCCGCGGGGCCUGUGGGGGUGACGGGCAGGUUCACACAGAACAAUCCCUUCACGCCCACCCCUCACCAUGACUUCGUCAUUCCUCAGCGAAGAACAUCCACAGAUCAAAAUUAGUAAUAGUUGUCCACAUUUGUUUUGUUUAACUAAAUUAUAUACUGUCCAUAGUUUUAUAAUUGAUAUGAAUAUGACAUACCUACAAUGUUCUCUUAGGUAUUCCCGAGAAAAUGCGUUGAGCACAGUUUUUCGAUUUGAGAGAUUUUUUAUGAGCCGAUAGAAAAAAACAGUUUGACAUAAAUCUACGGCGAAUACAUCAAACAACAUGAGAAAAUGAAAUAAUACCAAGUGUGUUUAGCGCCUGAUACAUAUUAUGAAAUAAACGAUCUCACCAAUUUAUGUAAUAUUCGUGUUUUUUGUCUCUGUCAAUCUGUUUCAAAUAUUUUUGAAGCAAAACUACGACAUUAAUUUUAUUUUGUUUUACUUUCACCCUUGAAAAGAAACGUCGCUAUCUACAAUAGUUCCUACACCUGAAACUUGUAUUUUAUUCCUAACCACACGACACAUAAUAUGCACCAAUGUGUCGUCACAUUAUUGUUAUAUAAUAUAUAUUAAAGUGUAAUCAGGUAGAAUUAUUAUUGAAAAUAAUUUUAAUCAACAAUAAUUACCUACUAGUUUCUGAGAGUAUAUUUUCCUAGAAAGAAAUAUUAUAAUUACAAACUGUGACAAAUUUUAUAAAAAAAAAAACCUCAAUCAAAAACAAUGCCAUAGUCUGUUGUAUACCUACUCAUACAUUGUUACGUAAAUAGUUUGUGCUUAACUACAUAAUAUGAUAUGAUCAAUACUUACCCCAGAUAAUAAUAGUGAAUAUAAGUAGAUACUUAUUAUGUAUUACUGUAAAGUAGGCAUUUGUUGUAUAUUGGGUUAAACGUACUUUGCUGAUUGUUAGAAAAACGAAAACUUUGCAAUUUCAGAAACAAAAUUGUUGUAUGUUUACCAUGUACACUCUAAGGCAGUUGUAAUGUUCAAAAGUACCUACAGUUACCGUCUACAGUAGAUUAGACAGAAAUUAGAUCUAACUUAAAUAAAGAGAUUCAAUCUU